AUGAGCGCCCGCAUCCCCCGUCUGCCCGUGAAGGCCCCGACCUCUCGCCCACGCCAGCAGCGCAAGGCUGGUCGGCCCAACUUUGACGACGUCACUGUUGGCUUCCAGCCCACGCGCAAGGCGAUGCCUGCUAUCGACAAUGCAGAUGAGCUUCUGGCUUUCUUUAAGAGCAGCUACCACGGCAUGAGCGGGCCCAAGAAGAUCCCUCGCUUUGUGCCUGACGACUAUCCAGAGCGUACCAGCAUCCCGAUCAAGCUCACCGACGUCUACAUCAAGCCCGAUACCUGGGAGGAGCGCGGUACUAAGGGCACCAUCCGCACUGCCGUGGCUGAGGUGGCCAAGAGCACCCCCGACGUUCCCGUGCAAGCCGCCGACAUGAUGGGCACCCUUAGGGGCUGCCUGGAGCGCAUCGAUCCAGACAUGUACCAGAUCACCUGGCCCAAGGACGACAUUGUCAACAUCCGCCUCACCUGGGGAUUGGACACAGCGGACCCCAAGCUCGACGGCGUGCCCUGCAAUGUGAGGGGAGACAUUCGUUUCUCACGCAAGCAUGAUGUGGUGCUUGGGAGGGAUGACACGCGGGAGUUUCGCACUUUGCUCACCAACUCUGAUGGCAAGCUUUUGGUUGACUCGUCCGCCAGCACCCAGCCCGUGAGCGCUAGCAGCCUUCCACUCCCAACAGGCGCAUCGACGGAGGCCACGCUUUCUGCGGUGAAGGAUGCCGUGGAGGGAACCGUGUCUGUGAGCGCAACGUCGCUACCGCUUCCCACGGGUGCCGCAACUGAGACCACGCUUAGCGCCGUGAAGACGGCUGUGGAGGGGACCCUCGACGUGCAGGCGACUUCACUCCCGCUGCCCACGGGCGCUGCAACUGAGACCACACUUGCGGGCGUGAAGACCGCUGUGGAGGGCACCCUAGACAUCCAGGCAGCAUCGCUUCCGCUACCCACGGGCGCUGCAACUGAGGCGACGUUGGCGGAUGUCAAGAAUCAGCUGGUGAACCCAUUGCCGCUUCCGAACAACGCAGCGAAGGAAACCACACUGGAUGCCUUCAAACUAUCCAUGGAAAACACGGUGGCGACAGAAGCCACUCUGGACACAAUACGGAGCACGCUGCAGGCUCCCCUCCCACUUCCCACGGGGGCAGCUACGGAAACCAGCUUGACGACGAUGAACAGCAAGUUCACCACCAACUCCACCCUCGUACACACUGGAGCAGUUGCAGCAGGCACCUUCACCAAUUCCGACCCCAUCAAUGCCAACGGGUUCUCCCUCGUCACAGUGUACGCAAGCUCAUCCAACACACCGUCCUUUACGUACCGCCUUCAGGUUUCGCCUGAGGACAGCAACCCCUCUCUCUGGUUUCAUCUCGCAGAAGUCACUGUAAGCACAGAGGAUAAGGUGUUUUCCACGUAUGACCUGGCAGCCGAGUGGGUUCGCUUUCAGAUCACUGAUGGUGCAAACACGGGCGACCUUGACGCAUAUGUGUCGCUCUCUCGCGCCUAA